CGCUCCUGAGUCCCAGCUCUAAUUUAAACAAGAAAAAAAUAAAAAAAAUCCACUGUCUCUAGAUUAUCGAAAAUGUCACAUUCCUCCAACUCGGUGAAACUCAAGUAUUUGAAGCUUGGGUACCAAAACAUUGUCAACAACAUUCUCUAUAUCCUUCUCAUUCCGAUCAUGGCUCCAGUUACUCUACAAAUUUUUCGAACUGGCCAUAACGAUAUCAUCAAUGAAAUAUCCCACUUCCUAGGUCACUUGAAUCUCCUCCCACUUCUUACCUUCAGUUUCCUCAUCAUCUUCUUCUUUGCUCUCUACUUCAUGUCGAAACCUUGCUCUGUCUACCUCGUAGACUAUGCUUGUUACAAACCUCCGGUCGACUUAAAAGUCCCUUUCUCCGGGUUUAUGAAACAUUCCAAAAUCAUCCUCAAAGACGAUCCCAAAGCGGUAGAAUUUCAAAUGCGUAUUUUAGAACGUUCGGGCCUUGGUGAAGAGACUUCAUUACCUCCAGCACUUCGUCUCAUCCCUCCUAAUCCCACAUUGGAAGCUUCUAGACUCGAAGCAGAGCUCGUAAUCUUCUCUGCUUUGGAUUCAUUGUUUCGAAACACAGGCCUAGAGCCUCGAGACAUUGACAUUCUCAUCGUUAACUGUAGUCUAUUUUCUCCAAUUCCAUCACUUUCAGCAAUGAUUGAAAAUAAAUACAAAGUACGAAGUGAUAUUAGGAGCUUCAAUCUGUCUGGUAUGGGGUGUAGUGCUGGAUUAAUAUCCAUUGAUUUAGCCAGAGAUUUAUUACAAAGUCAUCCAAAUUCAAACGCUGUCGUAAUUAGUACUGAAAUUAUUACUCCUAAUUAUUACCAAGGGAAAGAGCGAGCCAUGCUUCUUCCAAACUGCCUGUUCCGAAUGGGAGGUGCAGCUAUACUUUUAUCCAACAAAAGGCGUGAUCGUGCACGAGCCAAGUACCGAUUAGGACAUGUAGUCCGAACACAUCUAGGAGGCGAUGACAAGGCAUACAGGUGCGUUUAUGAAGAACAAGAUCCACAAGGCAAAACAGGAAUCAGCCUGUCGAAAGACCUCAUGGCAAUUGCAGCAGGGGCACUGAAAUCAAACAUAACUACUCUGGGUCCCCUAGUCCUUCCUGCAUCAGAGCAACUACAUUUUCUCUUCUCGCUUCUUGGAAGAAAAAUAUUUAAUUUGAAAUGGAAACCAUACAUUCCUGAUUUCAAACAAGCCUUCAAACACUUCUGUAUACAUGCUGGUGGGCGCGCUGUGAUUGAUGAACUAGAGAAGAAUCUUCAGCUAUCUGCGGAGCAUGUGGAAGCUUCUAGAAUGACAUUGCAUCGAUUUGGAAACACAUCUUCAUCGUCAAUUUGGUAUGAAUUGAGUUACAUAGAAGCGAAAGGGAGGAUGAAGAAAGGGGACAGGGUUUGGCAGAUUGCAUUUGGGAGCGGGUUUAAGUGUAACAGUGCAGUUUGGAUAUGUAAUGCUGCUGUAAAACCGAAGGCGAAUGGAGCGUGGAAUGAUUGUAUUGAAAGGUAUCCGGUUCACAUUCCAGAAAUCGUGAAGCUGUAAAUGAUCAGUAUGAUCAGUUUGAACUGUGUAGAGCAACCAAUUCUGUCAAAACCUAUCACUUGCAAGAAAAUAAAGCAUCUGGUUUAUUGUAAUAUUUGUGUUACCAACCGAUAUGAUUCGAAGCAAAAUUCCAGCUGGAACCUCCAUGGUGGUUCAUCUAUAGUUAUAUUUGUGUUACUAAUAAAUAAUAAGCUGGUGCCUUCAUUUGGUUUAGUGGAAUGCGGGAAAAUAUAUGAUUCUUAUCUGCUUUUUUAUUUAGAAACUGAUAACAGUUACAAAAAAAAGAGCAGCCAGGAACAGAGAACAGGACCUGUAAGUUGUAUCCAAAGCUUUAUCAAUGUAAAGAUGAAGGGUGACAAGGCAAAGCAGGAAUCAGCUUCUCAAAAGACCUAGGACUUACCUUAAAACACAAGUAUGUAUUGCUUGUAGGUGUGAAAUUGGUUAUAAGGGGAAAAUAUUUUUUUUAAUUUAUGUGUGUAUAUAAUUUUUUUGAUA